AUGGCUACAUUACUCAACUUUAGUAGCUAUUGUAGAUUUCCUCUUUAUGACAGUGAUUUUGGUUGGGGGAGGCCUACAUGGGUCGGCUCACCGGCACUCACCUACAAGAACCUUGUGCUUUUCAUGGACACCAAAGAGGGUGGUGGAAUAGAGGCUUAUGUUAGUUUGGAGGGGGAAGUCAUGGCUAAGUUUGAAUGUGAUAGCGAGUUGCUCUCCUAUGUUGCUCCAACCGGUCGGGUGCUCCUAAGCUAA